AUGGAUUAAAUUAAAAAAAAAUCAACGAAGUAUUAAAGAGGGGUCUAUUGGAAGUACAAAUACUACAGCGAGGAGCUAAAUGAAGAAACUUAUGUGACAAUAAUGAUGCAACAAUACCAAACAGAUGGUGUAAAAGCCUUUUGGGGUUAAUAUUCUAUAAAUAACUAAAAUAAAACAUGUUUUUUACAUUGUAUUGCAGGUUUUGGCAAACGAGUUUCACCCAAGAUUGUAAAACUUAAGUUAAAACUUGGCGAUGUAAAAGUAAAAGCAAUUAAGAAGUCUUUGUUAAAAGAUGAAAUUAAAAAUUGUUUAGAUGUAAGAAUAAGAGUUGCAGGAACUCAAUACAUAGGUUCAGAUUCUUUAAGGAGAGAUAAACAAAAAGAAAAGAUUCAAAAAGAGAGGGAGAAAGAAUAAAAUAAGAUACAUUAGAUAAUAAAUUAAUAAAUAUAAACAGAGGUUUUAUUAUAGUAAAUUUUUAGGAAAUUUAAGAAUCCAAUUAAUAAUUUUAAAUUUUAUCAUAACUCCUUGAUUCUAAUCUUAGAAUAGAGUAGAGAGGUGUUAAAAUAGAAUAGCAAUUGGAAAUAAUUAGAAAAUUUUUGGAGAGUAUGUAGCAGGAGAAAAUUGAACCCUAUAAAUCUUUGAUCUUUUUAGAUUGA